AUGGAGAAAUUAGUCCUCGCGCUGAUUCACGCUUCAAAACGGCUGCGCAGGUACUUUGCCAACCACGUUAUCCAUGUGCUAACAAAUUACAACAUUGGCAACAUUCUCGCAAAGCCAGAAAUAUCAGGACGACUAGCCAAAUGGGCGAUAGAACUGGGAGGUCACAAUGUGGUUUUCAGACCACGACCAUCAAUCAAAGGCCAAGUCUUGGUAGACUUUAUGACGGAGAUUCCAGAUGACAAAGAUCGAGAAUGUAAAGCAAUGGAAAAAGCUGAGAAGAAGCAAGUAGAAGAGCCAUGGUUGUUAUACACAGACGGCGCGUCUAACGAAGACGGAGCAGGUGCAGGGCUUAGGCUGGUAAGCCCCGACAAACAUGAAUUCACAUACGCCAUACGCCUGGAUUUUAAAAGCACGAACAACGAAGCCGAGUAUGAAGCUUUCCUGGCUGGCUUAAGGUUGGCGAUCAAAAUGGGAGUCCGACACAUCGAAGCGCAUGUGGACUCCAUGCUAGUAGCGGGGCAAAUCAACGGCCAAUACGAAGCCAAGGGGGAUGUAAUGGCACUCUAUCUCAGCCAAGCAAAAACGUUGCUACAAACCUUCUACUCCUACAAGGUGCACCACAUAAACAGAAGCGAGAACAAGCCAGCAGACGCGCUGAGUAAACUCACAUCAACAAGUUUUCAACACCUAGCAAAGGAUGUGCGCAUAGAAGUUUUAAGCAACCCAUCCGUUCCACUCAGAGAAGUAAGCAUCAUCCAGACAGGGAUAACUUCUUGGAUGACCCCAAUAAUCAUGUACCUUCAGUCUGGGAUUCUCCCGGAAAACAAAGCAGAGGCAAGAAAAAUCCAAUACAAGGCCGAGCAUUACCAGAUGGCCGAUGGAAUUUUAUACAGAAAGUCAUACCUAGGCCCGUUGCUAAGAUGCGUAGACGCCGAAGAUGCAAACUACUUAAUCCGGGAAGUUCAUGAAGGAAUUUGUGGUAUUCAUGCUGGGCCUCGAAUGGUGGUGGCAAAAGUGAUGAACGUCGGGUACUACUGGCCCAGGAUGCAUUUAGACGCUGUGAAAGAGUUGAGAAAGUGCAGUGGAUGCCAGAGACAUGCACCUAAGACCAUGCGCCCCAAAAAUGAACUAGUACCAGUCACAACCGCAUGUCCCUUUCAACAAUGGGGCAUAGACAUGGUAGGUCCUUUCCCGGAAGCACCAGGGGCAGUCAAGUUCAUAAUAGUCGCAGUCGACUAUUUUACCAAGUGGGUAGAGGCGAAGGCACUUGCAUCAACCACGUCAACAGUCGUCAAGCGAUUCAUAUGGGAACAAAUCAUAUGUCGUUUUGGCCUACCUCUCAGAAUCAUCACCAACAACGGAACAAACUUCGCAGCAGACGACCUCGAACGAUGGUUCAAUGAAUUGAACAUCAAACACACCUUCUCUUCGGUUGCGCACCCGCAAGGGAAUGGUCAAGUAGAGGCAGUCAACAAAAGCAUUGUUGAUGGUAUCAAGGCAAGGCUAGGCGAGAAAAGAAGAGGUUGUGUAGACGAACUGCCUAGCAUAUUGUGGGCCCAUAGGACAAUGCCAAAGACAAGCAACGAAAAGCCCGGAAAACUAGCCCCCAAAUGGGAAGGCCCGUAUGUCAUCGAGGCAGUACUCGGCAAAGGAGCUUACAAACUGCGCACCAUCAACGACAAGGAGGUUCCACGAACAUGGAACGCUCAACAGCUUAGGAAGUGCUAUAUGUAA